AGGGAGGCCUCGGGCAGCACUAGUCCUCCGGGCUCUGCACGCGACACACGGCGAUGGCGCUCCCCAAGAACGGACGGCUCCUUCUGGCGGCCUGCCUCAUCGCUGCAGCCGCAGCUGCCGCCUACGGGGACCACGAAGAGAAGCGGCUUCGCUGCUACCACUGCUCGUCAGACCACUACCACCACAACUGCGAUGACCCGUUCAACAGCACCGGCAUCGAAACCGUCGACUGCAUGGAGCAGCUGCGCCGUAGGACCGAUCCACGAGAGAUUCCCGUCUGCAAGAAGAUCAAACAGCGCAUUAACAACGGGGACCUGCAGACGGUGCGCUCCUGCGCUUUCAUCCUGCCCGACCAGCCGUGUACAACGACGGACCAGUCCUCGUACAUCCACGAGGAGUACUGCAUCACCUGCGAGACUGACCUCUGCAACGCUGCCCCUCCGCUGCCCGCCGCCGCUGCCGCCACCGCCGCCAUCAUCACCCCGCUGGUGGCUGUUCUCCUCGCUUAGCGCCUCAGAGGACAACGCGCCGCCCACCAGCCUCCAAACAUAACACAACUCCAGUUCUCCGCCACACACUGCCUGUCGAGCUGCCAGCUCCCACGUGACAACCCAGCUAACAAAUGCUCUGCUGCCAUGCGUUGUUGUUACCAGAAGGACCAGAGCCGGCGCGAUUGUACGUCAACGUACGUCCCUUCCUGUAGAGCAACUCACCACCCGUAUCAAGUAAAAGUUGGAGGGCAAUCAGUUUACAACACAAGCUUUUCAGAGGCGUAUCAACAUGGAGCCUACCACCAGUACCUCCAAGUCUACACUGUUAAACAUCUGCAAGAAUGUGAUAAAUAACAGAAAAAGAAGGAAAAAGCUUGCAAUACCCAAUUAUGUACACGAAUUUGAUUAUUACGCUACUACCGCCUAACAAAUAAGUUUUUCAUGUAGAUUUCUAACGAAGUAUUUGUAAUGGUAACUUACCGCUUUAUAGUUGUUGUCAGGACUCCAUUAUUUUCGUAAUUAUCAUACAGGAAAUGCACUGCAGUGUAAGCUAAAUAUCACCAUAGAAUUUCGGAAUACUUCCAAAGUUUUAUCUGCAAAGUCGAUGUCCUUUCUCAAGUACGUUUACGCCGGAAUAAUUCUAUAGACGAACGCGUCGAACUUCUCUGAGUCCUGUCUCAACAAUUUCCAAUUUGUACCGAAGCUCAAC